UUAGUUUCUACCUAGUUUUAGAACCAGACUUGAAAAAUGAUUCGUGAAGCCGGAAUGGGUGACAGCGUCAUCACAGCAUCUUAUUGAUCAUGGAUUCUUAUGAUACACGAGGAUCGACUCCUAGGCACAGUGCAUCCUCAAGGCUUAAAGAUUAUUUUAUAGGUGCCACCCCUUUGCAGAAACGAUUAGAAUCAGUCAGGAAGCAGACUUCAUUUAUCCCAACGCCACCUCGAAGGAAAAUUCCUCAGUGUUCACAAUUACAGGAAGAUAAUGAUCCUCAAAAAGUUGCAUUCCUUCUGCAUAAACAAUGGACUUUAUAUAGUUUAACUCCCCUGUAUAAAUUCUCCUAUACUAAUCUCAAAGAGUAUUCUAGACUUUUGAGUGCAUUUAUUGCUGCUGAGAAGCAAAAAGGUCUUGCUGUGGAAGUGGGAGAAGACUUCAACAUCAAAGUGACUUUCUCCACUCUCCUAGGAAUGAAAGGAACACAAAGAGACUCUGAAGCCUUUCUUGUCCAGAUUCUGUCAAAAUCUCAAUUGCCAUCUGAGAACAGAGAACAUAAAGUGUUGUGGACUGGUUGGUUCUGCUGUAUAUUUGGAGACAGUCUUCUAGAGACUGUUUCAGAAGAUUUCACCUGUGUACCCUUAUUCCUCGCAAAUGGAGCAGAGACAAAUACAGCCAUAGUAGGAACGUGGUUUCAGAAAACUUUCGAUUGUUAUUUCAGUCCCUUAGCAAUCAAUGCUUUUAAUCUUUCCUGGAUGGCUGCUAUGUGGACUGCAUGCAAAAUGGACCAAUAUAUGGCUGCUACCGAAUUUCUUUGGUCUGUACCCUGUAGCCCUCAAAGUCUGGACAUUUCUUACGCCAUACAUCCAGAGGAUGCAAAAGCUUUGUGGGACAGUGUCCACAAAACCCCUGGGGAAGUUACUCAGGAAGAAGUUGACUUAUUUAUGGACUGCCUUUAUUCACAUUUCCAUAGGCAUUUCAAAAUUCAUUUAUCAGCCACAAGAUUGGUCCGUGUUUCUACAUCUGUAGCUUCAGCACAUACUGAUGGAAAAAUAAAGAUUCUGUGUCAUAAAUACCUUAUUGGAGUCUUGGCAUAUUUGACAGAACUGGCAAUUUUUCAAAUUGAUUGAAGUCUUGUGGGAACCGUAAAUGAUGGAUUAUAUGCUUUUUUCUCACUGAUUAUUUGCCUAAUUGCUAUUCUGAGAGGCCUCGCAGGAGAAAUAAGCAUCUGUCUCUGCAUCUGUUUUCCUCUCAGUGCCUUUGGAAUUGCCCAGAUGGAAUGGAAUUCAAGAAGGAUCUAGAAGAAAAAAGAAGGUGGUAGUGAAUGAAUCACAGCCAGGUGCUCCAUAAUAGUCAUGAUGAUCUGGGAUGUCAGUGUCUAGAAAAUGCUGAGUUGUUAUUAUCUUGGACCAUCUUUCUAAAAAAUAUGUAAUGUUUAUUACAUCAAAUUUUUAGGAUUCAAAUGAGGUAUCUCUAAUAUUAUUUCUGAUUUGGAUCUUUAAAGCCGUCAGUUCCUUUUAAGCAUUUUAGAAUUGGAUCCAAAGAGAAUUUCUAAAGACAUUUUCUUAGUAUCAUUUCACUGUAGAGAGCUGGCAGUUAAAAUCUCCAAAGGAAACUGGAGAUUAACAUACACUUUUUAAAGCCACUAAUAUGCUUCUGUUUUUAAUACUGUUCAAUUCUUAUUGCAAUGUUGAAUUAAAUAUUUACUUUUAAAAUGAAGCAGUGUGUAUCAGUGUCUUGGUGACAGGUCUUUAAUGUCUCAAGAACAAGAAUUGUAGUCUUUUUCUCUAGCACAAAUGUUACAAGCCAACAAUCAUAUGGAAUCAGAGGCAACCAUGAGUCUCUUGCGGGCAGAAAUUAUCUUAACUUUCAUGUCCCUAAUCUUGUUUUAGCACAGUACUUAGUAAAUAUCUACAGGUUAAGUGAACGCAUUUUAACCAGCUCUUCUGUUUUAUAGAUGCAAACUAUGAAUUCGAGCAACCUGGGAGACUUGCCCAACUUGCUAUAUCUAUGUCUCUAAAUUUUAAUUUAUUGAGCAUAGGAAGAUUUUGUUUUACUUUGCAAAUGAUGUUUUUUAAAAUUUGUUUGAAAGAAAAUAACUUUAAUAGGCUGUCAUUCUAAAAACAAAGGUUAACUUCUGGAUUGGGGUAUUAUUUCACAUAUACCAUGAAUAGCAGGGAUAGUGGAAAAAGCAUGGGCUUUGGAGUCAGACAGUCAUUUUCAUUUAACUAAUAUUAAGCUCCUAUGUUGUACUUGAAAUUGUAUUGAGCAACAGGGGUAUAGCAAUGAAGACAGAAAAUAUCCGUCAUGUGGAAAUUAUAUUCUAGUGGAGGAAGGUAAAAAUAAUUUCAGUUGAGAUAAAUGUUACAAAGAAAAUAAGGCAGUACAUUACGGAAAGGGGUGACUUUUUCUACUGUUGUCCAAGGUCUCUCUGCGGAAGUGACAUUUGAGCUGAGUCCUGAGUGGUGAGAGGGAACCAGCUGUGGGAAAGGUGUGUGGAAGAAUGUGCUAGGCAGGUGAAAUGGCAAGAGCACAGGCCUUGAGAUGGCUAAGAACUUGGCUCAUUUGAGGAACAAAGGAAGUCUGUGUGUGUCUUGAGCAGAGUAAGGGUGGAGUAGAAGUAGAUGAAAGUGAAGAAAUUGUGCAGCAGAGACUUAUUCCACUGACUAUGUCUUCCAAUUUUUGACUUGGCAUGUGGCUGUCUAGAAUAAAGAUGACCUUUUCUGGCCUUUCUCAGAGCUAGGUGUAGUCAUAUGACUUAAGUUCCGACCCAUGGUCUAUAAAUGGAAGGAUCAUGUAGAGCCUCCAGGAAAUCUUAAAAAACAGUGGGCAUGUACCCUUUGCCUUUUAACUAUUCUUCCAUCUUUUCUGCUUGGAACAUCUAUAAUGACUAUAGGUGACUAGAAUUCUAGCCAUUUUUUGUGGUCAUGGGGAUGCAGGUUAGAUCAUAGGGGUGGUGGAGCAUGGUCUGAAAAGAGUUUGUGCUUC